AUGGUUCGUCAUCUUUUACUCACGUUCUUAGCUCUCUGCGUUUUAUUCGCAUCGAUCAACGGUAAAAGUCAAUGUUCUUGUUCAUGUUGCAAAGGCAACCGAUGUAUCAAACAAUAUCUCGGCUCAAUCCAAAUGCCUACAUGUUCUGCAACAAGUUGUAAGAAUGCUUGUAAACUUCGUCAUCCCAGCAAAUGCGCCGGAACACCCGGAUCAAUCACUGCAACAUGCACAAAAACCAAAACGCCUCAUCGAUCACCAGUGAAUAAGAUUAAACACAAACUACGACCAUCACCGAAAAAAUAUAUCAAAACCGCAUACAUAUAA